AUAAGCAAGCGGAGUGUGAUUGGUUAGGGUAAGAGUAAACAUUUCAGGGAAAGCCAAUCAGAGGCAGAGUAGAGCGGAACAUGCCUUCACCAUCCUGGUUCCUGGUUCUCUUACAUCCCUGUCUAUGUUACAUCCCUGGGAAAAAUACUCGCCUACUGUUUAUCUCUAAUUUCCGUUUAUAUAAAUUAGAUAUUUAUGUUUGCGCUUUUUAACCGUCAAACAUAAAUACAGUGGGUUUGUAUGUUUGCUCACGAAUGGAAGGUGUGCCUUGCCUUCGUGUGUCGCAGUGUCAUGCACAGCAGUUCAGGACAUGUCUUCAGUCCAAAGGGGCUCUUGAUCCGAGUUUGUGUUUACUGAAAGACUCAGAUGGGACAGUCCUCUUGCCCAUUUUACCAUCCUGUCUUUCACAACUUGAUCUGCAAUCUCUCAGAACCAUGGUGGCUUCAGACGGUGCUUGUGAAAUAGUUAGGAGUCAGUCUCCUCUUCUGUCAAAGAAGAAGAGAGGAAGAACAAGUGGUAAUAAACUGGAGCAAAUCCUCCAGGAGCUGUUGGAAUCUCAUGGUGAAAGAUGGACAGAGGAGCUGAGGGGGGAUCUCCCUCGCAGCUUCCAGAGGCAUGAAGACCUAUUCCUGUUGGGAGACAACUGCUUUUCUCUGCCAUUAUGGAAGAAAAUGGGUCCACAGCUAUGGAGUGCAGUGGCCAAAGGACUGGGGGCAACGCGGCUGGCAAAGAUGAGUCAAAUAUCCAGGGAUGGAUUUAGGUCUCCCGUGGUGACCAUGCUGUUAGGAGAGCACAGCUGGGUCAAACAUGUGGACAAUCGGAUUAAGUAUGAGUUUGAUAUAACCCAAUGCAUGUUCUCAGCUGGAAACAUAACAGAGAAGCUGCGGGUGGCUGGAUUUGACUGCAGAGGGGAGACUGUGGUGGAUUUGUAUGCAGGUAUUGGAUACUUCACUCUCCCAUAUCUGGUCCAUGCGGGGGCCAGUCAUCUUCACGCCUGUGAGUGGAACCCUGAUGCAGUUGAAACGUUACAGAAAAACCUUGUGGCCAACGGGGUGUCUGACCGCUGCACUGUUCACCAGGGAGACAACCGACAACUCCGGCUGUGUGACAUUGCUGACCGAGUGAACCUGGGUCUCAUACCGAGCUCUGAGGACGGCUGGCCUGUUGCCUGUCGCCUGCUGAAGAGAACAACUGGUGGAAUUUUGCACAUUCACCAGAACGUUACCUCAGUGUUACCGAACACUGCAGCCAUCCCAGCAAUCAAUGAUGCCACCCAGAGGGUUUCUGGGAAGAAAGCUGACAGAGAGGUGUGGCAGGCCUGGGCUGAUGACACAGCAAACCGCAUUGCUUCUCUUUUAAAAGACAUCACUGGUGCACGGUGGAUAACAAAAAAACAGCACAUAGAACAUGUGAAGUCAUAUGCACCUCAUGUUCACCAUAUUGUGCUGGACUUGGAGUGCAGACCAUCCUGAGCUGAGGAGAUAAACACAGAUGUGGACCCUAUGGCAUUCUUUAUUUGAAUAUGCUGCAGUCUAGAAAAGAAAUAGGCAACUGUAUAGUUCAGAUGUUUCCAGUGCAACCAAACACUAUACCAGCUGGUCUAUAUGAUUAUUUAAUCUGUCAGAUAUACGGUAGUCAGCUGCAAUAUUUUUAUAGAACUUUAUUUAUGCAGGGCAGGGUCACUGUGCACAAAUACUGUUUUGUUUUUUUAGAAAGGCUCUGCCUCAUACUCAUACAAAUAUAAUCCCAUCUGGAAGCUGCCAAGCCAUACUAAAUCCACAGCCUUAUCUGUUGGACAGCAUUAGUGGGUUUAGGUGCCUUGCUCAAGGGAACCUCAAUGUUGUGUCAUACUCACUGAAUUUCCCUUUGGUGUUUGAUACCUACAUUUCUUGUGGUUGGCUAAAAUGGAAAGCUUUAGACUGAGGCAUGACUCACAUCAGUGUGCUGGUAUUACAGAAACACUCAAACCUAUAAAACUCCCCCAACAUAAAUUUGAAUAGGACAUUGAUAUCAUAUAAACAUACAGUACAACUCUGCUUUGUCAAUAUAUCUUUAGAACUUCAGAAGGCAGCAGCCAAUUGAAUCAACCCUAAUUAAUUAAUUCAACACUACUUGACAGUUUCACUUCUGAGCCAUAAACAGGUGACAAAUUAAAGAAAGAAUACCUUAUUAAAUGAGUGGAUAAACAGAA